AUGUCAAAGCCAAUAAGCCUUGAAGACUUUAAAGUCGCGAUACAAGAUCUUACAGACGACAACUUAAUAUCGGUGAAAUCUCAAUUAGAACUUUCUUUUAGAAAGUUAAAUGAAUCUAAUGAAGAAUUGAAUAAAGAGAUUCAAGCAUUAAAUGACAUAUUGCAAUCCGGGAGUAACGGCGAUGAAGAAGAAUUGAAAAGGGAUUUGGAAAUAUACAGAGAUAGCAUAAAGGAGAACAAAGUCGUAAUAGAAAAUCAGGUUGCUCGAUUAAGUAUUCUACAAGAACAAUUAAAACAUCGGGGGCUUGUCAAAGUUGACGAAGACUCCACGGCUAAAGAAGGUAUUCUUUUGUAG